ACCUAACAGGUGCGAAGAUUAUACGGACACGCGCAUAUCUUGGCCCCGCCCCUUUCGCAUGCGCGCGCCUGUGAUUGGUCCACACCUGUGCACCAGCCGGAGCACUGCUGAGACGCGCCCUUCAGUUAGACAUGAAUCCGCGAAGACUCCUGUAGGAUUUCUGCAAGUCUCAGGAUGAUGCGCUUCCUUCUGCUGUUCAGUCGUCAGGGAAAGCUGCGGCUGCAGAAGUGGUUCACGGUGCUCAGCGAUCGGGACAAGAGGAAGAUCAUUCGAGACCUCACGCAGAUGGUGCUGUCCCGCCCGCCCAAAGCCUGCAACUUCCUGCCUUGGAGAGACCUGAAGAUCGUCUACCGCAGGUACGCCAGUCUGUAUUUCUGCUGUGGUUUAGAGCAAGAUGACAAUGAACUGCUCACGCUGGAUAUUCUGCACAGAUACGUGGAGCUGCUGGACCAGUACUUUGGCAAUGUGUGUGAAUUAGACAUCAUUUUUAACUUCGAGAAGGCUUAUUUUAUCCUGGAUGAGUUUGUCAUUGGUGGAGAAGUGCAGGAAACAUCCAAAGCGUCUGUGGCCAAAUCAAUAGAGGAGGCCGAAUCACUUCAGGAGGUCAGACACUGAAAACAAUGGAGGAGUAUUUAAGCAAACCCACUUACUGAAGGAUCGUUAACAGUCAUCACGUCAGUCUACAGAAACAGACAGCAGGGUCCCAAAUCAACCCUAUUCCCUCAUUCAAUAUUCCCUACAUAGUCCACCAAUGUAGUCCAUUUCAGUGUGACUGAAAGAGAGUGAGUGAACUGAAGCUCUGAGUGCACUGAAGGGACAACGUUACAAUUUUUCAUGUGUGUCUAAAAUCUCCAUUACUGAAUUGUACGUGAUAUACACUGAGCUGAGUAGUGUGUUCGAAUUCAUAGUGUUGGAAAAACAGUAUGCGAGAAGUACUAAAUCACAUUCAUAUUACAUACAACCCCAAAUCAGAGAAAGUUAAGACAGUAUGGAAGACGCAGAUAAAAAAAAAAGAAAGUAGUGAUUUCUGAAUUUACUUUGACUUGCAUUUCAUUGCAGACAAUACAACAAACAUUAUUUAAUGUGUAAAGUAUUUCAGUUCUGGCUCUUGAAACACAUUUGAAAAAAAGUUUUACCAGUAAAGCAUUUACCACUUUGUAAUGU